CCUCACUAUUAUUUUUGCGAUUGAAUCAAAUGUAUAUUUUACCACUAAUUUUAAUAUCACCCCUGCCGUGUGAAUCUCAUUGCUGAGGCCUUGUUCUUCCAAAACCAGCAUUUGGGCUUUAUAGAUCUUUUCAUCGUCAGAUUUAAGCACUCAACAGCACAAACUCUGGUGAAGUCCGUUACAGUUUCCGACCAAAUGCUCAGGUUGUGGCGCGGCCUGAAAACGGUGGUCCAAACAUCACCGGCGAAUACACACCAUUACCACACCAUCCAAGCUAUCCCACGAGAAUGCACUGGCAGCCGUAUCUCGAGCCGUGAUAGAGCCCAAGGUAGAAUCCCUGCUGUGGUUUUCUCUCAAGGCUUGCUUGAGAAAAACCCAAGCAACCGUUCCCCGUCCAGGAAACAAAUUCUUACUACCGAAAGAAAGCAGAUUCGAUCCAUUAUCAAGUCCGUUCAACUCCCUUUCUUUUGUUCCACUAGGUUCCAGCUUCAGAUCCGGGCCGGAUCUGGCUCUUCUGUCUUACUUGAAUCCGGGACGGUUUUACCCAUCAAGAUUCAUAGGGACGAAGAGAGUGGUAAAAUAUUGAAUUUGGUGUUUGUUUGGGCGGAUGAAGGGACUGAGUUGAAGGUUGAUGUGCCUGUAGUUUUCAAAGGAUUAGAGGAUUGCCCUGGUCUUAAGAAAGGUGGCUACUUUAAAAUGAUAAGAAGCAGUCUAAAGUUUCAAUGCCCGGCAGAACACAUUCCUCAAAAAAUCGAGGUGGAUGUGAGCAAAUUAGACAUAGAUGAUAGAGUGUUAAUGCAUGAUAUCGAGGUUCAUCCGUCCAUGAAGCUUCUAAGCAAAAAUGAAAGCAUGCCUAUAUGUAAGAUUGCGCCGACUUAUAUUGAAAAUCCUGAGCCCAUAAAGGUAUAGCUAAAGAAGCGUGAGUUGAAACGAAUGCCAAGAAUAAUUCCGAUAUUUCUUGAUGUCAAGAGACAUGGCAUUUAACAUUUAAGAAUGAAUUUCGAAUUGAGCUUUGUGUCUUUAGCUGUUUCGAACCAUGUUUCAAAGUAAACAUUAAGAGGAGUUGGUUCCUGCGGAAUGGUCAGUCUGUUUAUUGUAGAUUCUGCUGAAUUCAAGUAGUUUUUUUUUGUUGUUUUUUUGGCAACUGGUUUCGAUGAAGUACAAAUUCAGAUACUGAAAUUUUUGUUCA